AUGACGGAUAACCAUGAGACGAAGCGUCCGCUUCCAGACAGCCCACCGAAUGGUGAGUCAAGUAGCUCAGCAACACCAUCGGCUCCAUCAGCCCCUGAACAACCAAUGUCUUCUCCAACCCGACCACCACCACCAGCUGGAUUUGUCUACCCAAGUACUGAUAUUCAAAACUCUGUUUCUGUUCAUGCUGCUUCCCCAACAAUGACAUCUACCUCAACGAAUGUUCCAGCUGGGCCACCACCAGCGCACGCAUCGGCUGGACCAGCGCCUGCAAUGGCCGCUUAUGAUAUGCCUCCACCAUCCUAUCAGGCCGCCAUGUCUUAUCCAGCUGCACCAACUUACGGUGGGUCGACCGAUCCAAAGUAUUAUAGUGGACAGCCACCAAUCUACUAUCAACCGCCACCACAAAUCACUCAAACACGACUCCCGCAGCCAGAUGGAGUCGAUCAGAUCGUAAGGGCAGUGCGUAUUCAGAAUCCUGCAGGCAGUAAUGUCAUAGUUCAUGUUCAACCUGGUGCACCAUGCCGUCGUUGUACAGUUGGAGUUAUUACUCGUCAAACCGAUAUGUGCUGCCUUCUUUGUCUUAUAAUGCUUACAAUCUUCACAUUCCCAUUCGGAUUGAUCUUCCUUUGCUGUGUGCCAUGUACUGUUCAGAAUCGCUGCACGAAUUGCAACCGUCUCGCCUAA